UGAGAGAUAUGGUUGGAUUGGUUGGAUUUUGUGUGAGAGAUUAUGGCGUAGAAAGUAUUGUUUUAGCCUAUUUUUUACAUUUUGUAAUGUAAUUCCCUAAUUUAAUUGACGCUAAUCUGAUCUGAUUUCAGCAUUUUGUAUAUAUUAAAUAAGUACAGCAAUAGUUUUUUUUAUGUUUGUGUCGAGUGUCACGGGUUCACAGAUUUAUAGCCUAUUUUUCUUUGUUUUUGAAACAUAUGCUGAAUGAAUAAAUCCGACUUGUUGUUGUAAAUAGUGUAAAUGUAUUACAAUAUGAACACCAGUCAAAGUCACAACGAGUUAGCCAGCCGUUUUAAUAAGACAAGCAGAAGUCACUCUGCCCAAGGUCUGGCAAGCAUUAUUUCUAGUCCAGCUUUGAAAAUUCCACUUCCACCGCGUUUAUGGAUCACAGAUAUAGAAGAUGAAUCAUCAGACGAUGAUGAUGCAGAUAGUAUGAAAGAAGAUGGUACACUACCUGUAGAAAGACCAAGGGUUAGAUCUCGAUUUAGACAUCAUAAACAAAGAACAUUUAGUAUACCUAUUGGUAUUUUUUGGGAUAUUGAGAAUUGCCAGGUACCGAGAGGAUGUUCUGCCAUAGAUGUGGUAGCAGCAAUAAGAAAUAAGUUUUUGAUUGGUAAAAGAGAAGCAGACUUUGUAGUUGUCUGUGAUGUUCGGAAGGAAGCAGCAAAUAGAUUACAGGAAUUGAAUGAUGCACAAGUAAGCCUGAUUCAUGUGUGCGGUACGCAAAAGAAUGCUGCAGAUGAAAAGUUGAGACAAUGCAUGCGAAGAUUUGGAGAGCUGCAUUCAGCACCUGCAGCUUUACUUUUAAUCUCAGGGGACAUCAAUUUUGCUGCUGACUUAAGUGAUUUUAGGCAUAGGAAAAAUAUGGAAGUGAUAUUGGUGCAUAAACAGAAUACGUCAUCUGCCUUAAUAACGUGUGCCUCGUCCCAUUACUGUUUCAAUGAACUGACAGCACAUCUCCCCAGGAACCCCAAGGUGAGUCAAACGGAGGAGGAAGAAGAGCCUAGUUGCGAGAUGGAAGUGGUCAAUUUGCCAUUGGAUCAACCACCGGAACGUGUGUCCAAAAGGUUGAGAAGGUUGGCUGACAACUGCGGCGGAAAGGUAUUAAGGGUGACGGCUCCCACUGCUGUGUUGAGGUUUCCGACACCAGACCAUGCUUCGAGAGCAUUGAAGCGCAUGGACGGCGAGGAUGUGUUCGGUCGUAAGAUCGGCACGCGGUACGCACGCAUCGCGUUUCAGCCGGCAUAUUCAAGCGACGAGGGGUACGGCACGGCGACUGCGCCUCCGCCCCCUGUAAGGACCAACUACGCACCGCUUGUGCCGCAGGUGUGCCCAUCGCCUCGCGAAAUGCCAAGCACAAGCGCGCAAGCUAGCGUUUGGGCUUUAGCGCUACAGCAGCUGCCCGCGCCUACUCCGCCGCCACUCGAGUUCUGCCCGCCGCCCGCGCCCAAACCGAGGAAGAUUAGAGGCACUCAUGGAUCUGUGAAUCUAGACCGAUCUGGUUGCUCGUCAAGCAAUAGCGGCGACGACAGCCGGCCCCGCGACACCAGCCAGAGCAGGGCCAUAUCGCCGUGGAAUUCUUCAGCAAGUUUCAGCGAGCAAAGCGAAGGCGAAUGCGAAUCGCCCUCCGAACUAACCGUGGCCAACUUGCCGCCCUACGAGCCGACCGUCUUACAGGAAAUGCUGACCCAACUGUUCAAUCAAUACGUGCAAGUAGUACGGGUCUCCAUUUGGGCGGCCGGCGAGGGUCCUAUUGCAACAAUAGUUCUUCGCAACGAAUGGGACGCGCGUUUAGCUAUCGCUCGCGUUCACAAACGCCGUUUAGACAACCAAUGGAACGGGCGUAGACUAGAACUGUCUUUAGGGAGGCCAUCCCCCGCCCCGAAUCUAGACGUUCUCCGCGCCAGACUGCGAGCUAUACUCCUAGAUCAAAAUAAUCAUACAUUACCCUUACUAAGACUUAGGGACGCUUACGCCAGUCGCCAUUGCUGCGCUUUAACAACCUCCGACAUUGCCAGAGUCAGAGACACCGUAGUCAUUCACGAAGGCUUCGGCCGUAUGGUUCAACUUAUAGAUCUAACUCCGAUUUCUAAUUCUGAAGUGGAAGAGGCACCGUGGAAAUGCCAUAUUCACGCUUCGAUCAAUACCGGCCAUGAAGACGGAAGCCGGAUCCUGCAACCUGUUUGCAUGGAGAUAUCAGUGUUGGCCAAGAAUACUCGGAUGAUUUUGGAGAAACACUGUGGAAUAUUGCCAUUGUUAAGCUUCGUCGAGUGCUAUGAGGCAACGUUUCCGCCUCUAGUAGCGGAUCCGAGGCAUGGCGUAGCGUUAGAGCUGCUAUUACGUAGCGUCCCCGGUCUGGAAGUGAAGGACAGUCCGUCUAGGCAUCUCACGUGGCGUAUUGACGGUACUGAUACGAUCACCAACCAGAGUGAAUGCUCUCGUUCGAGCGGUGAACGGGAAAGGCCAAGGACUGCCCCCGCUCUGGAGCCAAUGCUGGCGUUGUUCGAGAGGGAGCUCAUUGAUUUGCUGCGAACGGCGCCAAGAUGCUCCAUACCGUUUAGCAAACUAAUCCCAGCGUUCCAUCAUCACUUCGGUCGGCAGUGUCGAGUUGCCGACUAUGGGUUCACAAAGCUUCCAGAUUUACUAGCGGCCCUGAGCAACACUAUUGUGGUACUAGGCUCAGGCUCGUCUCGCAUCAUCACGAUAUCGGCCUCUGCGCAAAGCCGCCGUUGGACUUCAGACCUCGUAAAACUACUGAAAGCUCAACCCGGUCGCGCCAUUCUACCCCUAGACAUAGCUCAGUUGUACCAAGAAACGUUCGGGAAACCGUUCUCCACUGUAGAUUAUGGGGUUUGCACGUUAAACGAAUUGAUACAGAGAGUGGCGCCCCAAUCGGUGACUAUCGGAACUGAUGGAACGAUUUCGUUGCCGAGACGAACGCCUACGCCCGAGGAACGCGCUCGGACGGGACAAUUCGCUUUAGAGGCCGUGGAACUGCUUUGCUACACGCCCAACCUACGUAUGGAGUUCUCGCGUUUCGUUCCCGCGUAUCACGCCCACUUCGGCCGCCAGUUGCGCGUAGCCCACUACGGUUGCGUGAAACUCGUAGAACUAUUCGAACUGAUACCGGAAACGGUGUCUGUUUCCUUGGAAACAAGUGGAGAGAGAUGCGUGAGGCUAGCGCCUGCCACGGCCAAGACUGUGAUGGGCCAGAGGCUCAGGGCCAUCGGGGCGUUGCCUUUGGCGACAUUCCCGACCCAGUAUUCCGUGCAAUUUGGAGCUCCACCGCAGCCGGAUAUACUAGACGUGUCUUCAAUAGAAGCGCUAGUGUACGCAGCAGGGGGCUGCAUUGAAGGCGGGGCCGUCCGACCUCCAGGGGAUUCCCCCCGCUGGUCUACCUCCAUACUAGCCGCUUGCGCAGUCCUAUCAGCAGAUAGGAGCGUAGCCCGCGGCUCCACCGAAGACUACUUUAUCACCGCUUACCGCCGCCUGCGAGGCACCGAACCGGACCUAUGGAACUUAAUGAACGCCGGCGUGGUUGAGACUUCGGAUCGGUGCAUUAAAUUGACGGCCCCUUGGCGCGCUGUGUGGCGCGUCGCUCAAAUAUUGGCGGAUGCGACGGCCCCGUUGACUUCUAUGGAUAUUUACGAGGAUUAUACCACACGCUUCGAGCCGAUGUUCCCUAGCGCAGAGUUGGGCGUCGACGGCGUACUAGAAUUCCUCCGUCAGUACCGCGAAAUGUUCGUUGAAGCGAGGCCCGGGUGCUGGAAACUGUGCGAGGGCGUAACCGUGUUCCGGUGCGGCAACGCGGAGCACGUAGACUAUUCUGUCUACGAUACGCCGCCCGGACAAAAGGGAUCUCGAGUGUUUGAAUCUCCUAGAGGCAAUAUUUGGUGCUCUCCUCCAGCCAGCGCAUUACCUGCUCCUGCAUUUCUCAAUCACGAGAAACGUCGUAUCCGGCUGGCAGCGCAUUUCGAUGCUUCUUAAUCCUAUUCCCACCAAAGCUACUUAAGCGAAGAUGCAUUCCUUUCCAAUGUUUUUUAAGUAUCAAAAUGAAGAUUGCAUGUGUUCUCACGAUAAUGGAAGCUGUCAAAGGAUUGUACUCAGGGUUGAAACGAAUUUUAUUAUCUAGACUAAUAAAAGUGUCCUGAAAAAUGUGAUGUCUAUAACAAUAAUGUUUUAGAGCGCGUAUAUUUUUGUGUGUUUUUUAGAUUAAGUAACGUUUAGUGCAUUCGUAAAAUGUUAUAAAGUUCGUCGUCCUUGUCUGUCCUAUAAAUAAUGCACUGUUUCUCUUUGACUAAUGGGGUAGUCGACAUUUUCCAUUUUUCCUUUUACAGUAUCCACAGUAAAAACAUAUUUAUUUCUUUAUACCUGCCUGAUACAUUUGAUGUUGCCUAUAAAAAUACCGACAAAAAUACGAUAAAAUGUGGCUGUUCUUUUACACGAUUUGAAAAUGGAUUUAUAAAAUAAAGUCACAAUUAUAAUUUUGCCUAUAAAGUUAACUCUAAAAACAGAACUUAGCAAAAAGCAUUUAAUAUUCUAUGAUACUUGUAUUACUUUGUGGACGAAGCUGAACGAGAGCUAUCAUUAAUCACUUCGUCGUGACAAUAGUGCAAAAAAUACGCUUACCGCAGUGUCAUCUGCCCUUUUCUGUUUUUUUUUAUAUCGUUUUUAAAAUUUGACGUAUUUAUGAGAAUAUAAUUUAAUAGUACUUAUUUAUAUUAUGUUCUAGUCUUUCCAUGUCAAUUUAUUUUUAUCAUAUAUAACGUUGAUUACAAUACAUAUAGCUUGUACAUGCCUUUGAUAGUUAAUCAAUCAUUAUUUUAUCUUUUGACAUUUAUUUUUUACUCUUAGAUCUAAGUCUGAAAAUAAAAAAAACGAGGGACUGAAACAUUAACUCCUAUCGAAUCCGAAAGUGAUAUGUAUGAAUUAUUAUAAUUUCAGAUUGAUAUAUUGUGCGAUAUAUCUAAAGUAUAUUUAUUUCAUGGUUAUUUUUUUACUACAUCAGAACUGUACAUAUCAUGUUUUAUAAAUCGAAGCUCAAAGUUAUGUUAGGAAUAGUAUAAGUUAAACAAAUAUAACUAUAAUUAUUAUAGCUUAUAACAUUUUUCGAAUGCGAACAAAAGUACAAUUAAAAUCAUAAUAUGUUGGUUUUAGUCAAAAAUUUUAUCCUUUGAUAUGUGAUCUCGAUCUAAAGUGCAUGCAAUUUGGCUUAACAGUUUAUUUAAAUAAAUAUAUAUGUAUAUUUUAAUGGUUGUUAUUGUAAAGAGGAAUUAAUUUUUGUCCUAAAGAUAUCUCUUUCGAAUUUAUGUACUUUUAGAUAACAUUUACAUUGUAUAAAUGUUUGAAAAUGUAUAAUUCCAAAAGCUGAGGUAGGAACUUGAAAAGAAUCUUUUGCGACUGGCCUUUAACUCUAACCACAAUAUAAAGUCAAUUAUAGAACGUUCAAAUGUUUUAUAAUAUAUAUUGUGUAGAUUAAGAUUUGUAUUGCUUUAAUUAAUGAAAUGCUUGUGCCUAAUGUGCAAUGAUAAAUUUUAUUUUCUUGGAUAUAAAAUUUCGUGGUUCCACAUUGAUAGACUGCCCUUGACACAUUUUUUAUUUGAAAUUCCAAUUAUAAUCUGUGCAUAAUUAUUUUGUAAAGUAUCAAUGUAAUUAUAUAUAUAUAAAUAUUGUAAUAUAGAAUACUAGAAUCUUGUUGGUGUUUAAGAUGGAUCACAGAUAUAAUUAGUAACUUAGAUAAGAGAAAACACUAAUUGGAAAGGUCCAUGCCAAUAAACAUUUUAUCAGAAUGCGAAUCUAAUCAAAACUCUACUUAAAUAAUUUAUUUACAUAGGUACUUGUAAAAAAUAUUAGAAUUGGAAGCACCAUGCGUAAUGACGCUCCAAAAUUUGUUAAAAAGGACUGCCGAUUUAUGCGAUCUCUGUACUUAUGUUAAUAAAUAGUUAUUAUUUUCAAAUAAGAUGAUAUUGGUUGAACUAUUAUUAUGGCAUUGCCAAAUUAUAUAUUUCGUGAUAAGGUGCAAUAGGUACAUUUGUAAAGAGAUACAAAAAGAACAGAAUUUGUAAGUAAUAAUACUAUAUUAAUGUUCUUAAGUUUUAUAAAUGUUUAAUGUAAGGCAUUACUUCUGUGAUACAUAAUGUACCAAUAAAUGCCAAUUCCAACUAUUACAUUUUAGUUAAAUACUAUUUCAUUGAAAGUAGAUGAUCGAAAUUAUUACUAUAAAACUUAUGUAUGUAUAUAGUGUACAUAAUUAUUUGUUCUAAAUUUAUUAAAUAAUUGGAACAAAUUGGAAAAAUAUAUUUAUUUUUACGUUAUUAAUGUGGAACAUCGAUAUUAAAGAAAGAAAAAUAUAAUGUAAUUAAUUAUUGCAGGCAGGACCUUUUAUUUGCGUGAAAAUAUUGUCAAAAUUAUCUUAUGUUAUUUAUUUUAUAUACUUACUGCCAGUCCGCAUUUCGAGAAUAACAGAAAAAUUGGCCAAUAGUUGAAUGUAGCACAGAAAGAAGUAAUUAAACCAAGUGGCUGAAAGAUCUACAUGAUAGUUACUUUGAUAUUUUGGAGUCUAUUCUUGUGUCAAAGGACACAGUAUUCAUUAUUAUUAUUAUUCUUAUCGUAGUAGGCGGCAACCUAUUAUGAUAUUACUAAACGCAUACAGUACGCACAUUUUGUUGAUCUUUCAGAAACAAGGUAGUAAGUUUAAAUGUUUUUAUCAAUGUGACCGGUACUAAAUAUUGUAAGUGUAAGUAAGUUCUUAAAUGUAAUUGCGUUCAAAAUUUGCAGAAAGUCUGUCCAUAUUUUGAAAUUACUAUAGUUACAUUAUUGUAAGUUAUUAAAUUUCUUAAGACUGUAGCAGAUACAUUUAAGUACUUUGUGAAAGAAUCCUGUUUUUACUUUUUGUGACCAAUAACAGUUUCAAAUUCUUUAUAUUUAAGGUAGAUAAUAAGUAUACCAAGUACAGUAAGAGGAGAUGUAAGAUUAUAGUAUUAUUUUUCCUACAUCUUCAUUAUUCUGUGAUCAUUCAGUUCUUGUUAGUUCCAACCAUAGAAUCGAUGUUUAUGAGAAAGUAGAAUCUUGUCAGUAUUGCAUGAAAAAAAAUGAAUGUAGUGUUGGAAAAUAAAUGUUAUUUUUUGAAACC